AUGGGGCGGUGGAAGGUGUUCUUUGUUCUUGUGAUCGUUGCUGCCUUAUCGCCGUCGGGCCGCCUGGGGGCUGAGAAUCAGGGGCUGGAACAGGCACGAAGAAGCCAUUUCCACAACACGCGACACGCAUCUUGGACUCUAGAAGCAUCGUCUGACGCGGAAUUCAGUCUCGUUGAUAAAAUGGACGACGACAGGGAAAUCAUUCUAUAUCUGGGCGACCCGGUAUGCUACAACACGGAGUUGUAUGCCAAGUUCGAAAAGGAAUUCAUCGUCAUCCGGCCAUCCAAAAAAGAGCGAGAACGUGAAGAGUUCAUGAAAGCGCUGAAGGAGAACCGGUGGGGCCAAUUUCGUGGCAUCAUCCGUCCAUCCUGCGAUAGUGGCUGGGAAAUGGGAAAAUGGAAUACACCAAUCAUUCACCUUUUGCCCCCGCCUUGUACAGCGUUUGCUAGUGCGGGCACGGGGUAUGACGGGGUUGAUUUGAAGGUUAUGGAAAUGGAAGGCGUCAAAUAUUACAAUGGGGCCGCCGCUGCGAGCGAAUCAACAGCGGAUAUGGCGAUAUUUCAUAUCAUUUCGGUCUUUCGGAAUAUGCAGUGGUCCAUUGAAGGCGCGCUGUCUAUUGACCCAAAUCGAUGGAGAGAUGCGCACCAAAAUGUGGCUCGCACGGCAUACAAUCCGUCUGAGCAGAAGCUCGGGAUCAUCGGAUUGGGUCAUGUCGGAUCCACCAUUGCGAGAAAAGCAUUCGGUUGUUUCAACAUGAAGAUCUACUACCACGACAUAAAGCGCAAGAAGCUAAAGGACGAACAAGCCUUGAACGUCAAGUUCUGCGAGAAGCUGGAAGACAUGUUGGGGCUCGUUGAUUGUGUUGUUAUUGCCACACCGGCCCUGGCAACGCCGUUAAUCACCAAGGCAGCAUUAUGGCGAUUCAAAAGGGGGAGCCGGCUGGUCAACAUCGCGCAUGGAUCGCUGGUAGACGAAGAUGCGCUCGUGGUCGCAUUAGAAAGUGGCCAUCUUUCGGCUGCUGGGUUGGACGUUCAUGGCAAAGAACCCUAUGUUCAUCCGAAGCUAGCGGUAAUGCGCAACGUGACGUUGACUUCGCACACCGCAGAGGGGACGAUUGACACUGAGAUCGGGUUUGAGAGGUUGGCCAUGGAGAACAUUCAACGCCACUUCCAACCUAAACCUAUGGAAAGCCUUCUGUACUAA